AUGGGAUGUGCUACAGCGAAACCAAAAAGAGCUACCUUCUUAAUUAUAAUUGAUAGUCCACCACCAAGUUUACCAUCCUCAAUGCAUAUAAUUGAUUUACCCUUUAAUCAAAUUGAUUGUCCAGCUUCAAAACUACCAUUGUUUGAAAAAUAAAAUUAGGCAACAAUGCUUAGCUCUUAGCCAACAAAUGAGGGAAGAGAAUCUUUAGCAAACUGA